AUGGUGAACCAGCUGAAGCCCGUGUUCGCCUUAAAAAUGGUGACCCAUGCUUGGGGCAACGUGUUCCGCAACUUACUGGCCGCCGUGUUGGCAGACGCGUUAGGGCAGGAGACCUAUGACAAGGUGCUACAGUUGCUCGAAGAGCCGGGUUUGAGGACCAUCCGCUUCCAGCUGGCGGCGUUGCACCAGUUAGACUACCCAUAUUGGAUCUGUGCGUUCUCGGUAAAUCAACAUGCUGGCAUUUGUGACAGAGCGCCGUCCCAUGACUCCUUGGGCCGCGAGAUCACGGCAUGCCCCUGCACGACACCAAAGUUUCUUACGGGCGAGCACUGUGAGAUGAACAAGUUCGAUGACAUGAUCAACUACCUGCGGCAAAGCAAUGCAGCAGCUCGCAAGAGAGGCGAUGAGACUCAACGCUUUGGCCAGGUUGUGGCCAUUGACAUGGGGUUCGAGCUGUUCUCAAGGAUUUGGUGUGUGGCGGAGCUUGUGGAAGCGGAGAAGCUGCAUCUGCCACAAGCCUUGAAAAUGCAUUCCCAGAGCUCACGGGAACAAUGCGUGCUAAAGCUGCACCAGCUCGACGUCCGCUCGGCACAAGCCAGCUUUGAAGCAGACCGUCAACUGGUCUUAGACAAGAUCCAAGAUGUCGACCUAUUCAAUGACAAGUUGCGUGACCUUUUGCUGACGCGGCUCAAUGGGUUUUUGGUCGCAGAGCUCCUAGUCGGCCUUCUGAGUGUUGAGGAAUUGCUGGCCACCGUCCUCGACACGAUUUAA